AUGGCAGGGAGCAAGGGCCCCAGUGAGUCCUAUUUCACUGGCGUAGUUCCCCGGGAGCGAGGAGCACAGCAGAGCGCACAGCAGAAGAUGGUGAACGCAGUUCUCCAAACGUGCCUCUCCACCCUCACUGGGAAGUCGGCGCAAGAGGUCGGUUUCGUGCGCCAGGCACAUGGAGCUCCUGCUGGUCGCAAACAAGUCCAUGAGAAGGAGAAGGGGCUGGAGGUGUCCAAGAACGCAGCCGCCACGCUCAAGAGCUUCUGCAAGUGGCAGAACCAGCAGAACCCACUGGACGACGACAACCAGAGGAACCAGGCUGGGCAUGCCCCCAUACUCAUCAACGGGGCCGCCGUGGAGACAGUCAAGAACGUCAAGUUCCUCAGCCCUCUGUGGUGGGGGUCUAGAGGGCUUUUUCGCGUUGAAACACGCGCGCUACACAAUCACACCCUCAUCCGAACCAAGGGACACGAUAACGACGAGCGUUCGCUGCAGGACAAGGCUGCGGAGAGCGCCCUCCACUACUUCACGCGGGAGAGCUUCAGCUUCGAAGCCAUGCCUGUGAGCGAGAGCUGUGGGACCAAGGGAGGGCGCGGGCGCAUGGAUGCAUCGAGGAAACACCAGCGUAAGGGCCGAGGGAAAGGGAAACGCGACCGGCACGAUGUCACCCUGGACGGGGGCAAGGAGCGCAGAAGAUGGUGGACGCAGUUCUCCAAACGUGCCUCUCCACCCUCACUGGGAAGUCGGCGCAAGAGGUCGGUUUCGCGCGCCAGGCACGUGGAGCUCCUGCUGGUUGCAGACGAGUCCAUGUCCAAGAAGUAUGGCAAGGACCUGCACCACUACCUGCUCACGCUGGCCUCCAUCGCUUCCAAGUUGUACAGCCAUGCCAGCAUCGAGAACCCCAUCCGUCUGUCCGUUGUGAAGGUGGCCAUCGUCACGGAGAAGGAGAAGGGGCUGGAGGUGUCCAAGAACGCAGCCGCCACACUCAAGAGCUUCUGCAAGUGGCAGAACCAGCAGAACCCACUGGACGACGACAACCAGCACCACCACGACGCCGCCAUCCUUUUCACCAGGCAG